AUGCUGCGCAUGUGCCCGACGGUCCCGGUGAUCUCCCGGGUGGCCUCGGAGGACCUCCUGCUGCCCAGGCGUCGGGUGCUGGUCCCUAAGGGCACCGUGCUGCUGUUGGUGCCCAGCCUCACGCAACGCCUGCCACAGUUUCACCCAGACCCACUGAAGUUCGACCCUUCACGCUUCUUGGACGGCCGCAGAGGGCAGGAACACGCGUGCAGCUACCUGCCGUUCGGGGUGGGCCCUCGCAGUUGCGUGGGCACCCAGUACGCCCGUCUGCAGCUCAAGGUCUUCCUGGCGGAAAUCCUGAGGCGCUUCCGCUUCCUGCCGCGCAGUCGCUGGGAGGACCUGGAGGACGCCUCAGUCUCCAUCAGCCUUCACACCACGGAGCCGAUAAGAGUCUCUUGCGUGCCUCUGCAUCCAUCCGGUACAUAA